GAAAUGGCAUAUUUCCCAAUUUGGCUGCUGUGCGCCAGUGCGAUACUGUCUCUAACGCACAGCUUCAACCAGGAGAACCUGAAAGAGGCUAUGCUUCAGAGGCUUGGACUGAAGGAACUCCCAAGGAUCAAUAAAAGGGACUUGGAAAACCUGGUCGUUCCUAGCCACAUCAGAAACAAGUACCUGACCCUGCUGAAGCUGCACCACGAGAGGAGACGCCGCUCUCUGCCCAGCCUAGCAGGAAUCCUCAGGGGGUAUUCCGGGAACGCAGAUAUAUCGGGGGAGAUUCUUUACUCUGACGCCACCAGAGAGCGGUUGGUUUUCGACAUGGAGGCCAGGGUCCCAGCCAACAGCGAGGUGACCAUGGCGGAGCUCAGACUCUACCAGAACGCCCCUCAUAAACUGCACCUGGCCGGGAGAAAGAGUCAAAAGCAGGGCAACAACGCACGGGUCAGCGUCUACUGGGUGGAGGUUCUAGAGAACGGCGCCAACCGCUUCUCACUGGUAGACUCAAGGUUGGUGCCAAUCUACGAGACCGGGUGGAAAAGUUUCGAUGUGACGCAGGCCGUACACUACUGGUCGAAGGGACGUCGAGAGGUGCUGCUGCGCCUGGAGCUGCGGGUCGAGGGGGAGAGACCGGGAAGCUACGCAGCCGGGAUGGCCAAGAGUAUGCGCUUUACCGCGCAGGACCCCUCUGACCAGAGCGCGGGAAAGCCUGAGCUUCUUUUUUACACCUUGAACCUGGAGGAAUAUGGUUCCCGUGGUGACUGCCAGUCCAGCAAGCCGAACGGCAUAUGCUGCAGAGAAGACCACUUCAUCAACUUCCGGGAGCUAACUUGGACUCAAUACUGGGUCAUCGAACCUGCGGGCUACCAGUCCUUCCGAUGCGCAGGAGGAUGCAAGCAGCCAAAGCGUCAUUAUGGCUACGGAGAACGGCGGUGCGCGGCUACGGAGAACGCGCCGCUACCUAUAAUGUACCUGGUGAAAGAAGGAGACUACACUGAGAUUGAAGUGGCCGAGUUUCCCAACAUGAUAGUGGAGAAGUGCAGAUGUACAAUGGACAAUGUAUCUGUUUGAGAAUGAAGAAGGAGCGCAAUCCAGAGAGACAGAGAUGCGAGUGCGACUCGUGAUGCACAGAACUUUUUUUCUUCAAAUUUAAAUUACUAUAGGCUAAAAAGGAGAUAUCUUGUUGGUGUGAAUAUUUGAGACAACGGUUAUAUUAGCCGAUCACUUGUUUGUUGAGCACUUUAAAUGUAAAUACGUAGCCUAAUUUAUGUUG